AAACCCAACUGCAACAUGUUCAAAUUCCUCAUCAUUGCCGCUGUUGUCGCUUGCGCUGCUGCCAAGCCAGGAGUUGUUGCACCACUUGCUGCUGCCCCACUUGCGGCUGCACCACUCGCCUAUGCGAAUGCACCACUUUAUGCCGCUGGAGGCAGCAGCCAGGUGGAUGUGCGCAACAACUAUGAUGGCACUCAAUCUUCAUACACCACCGCGCCCUUCGACCUGACUCCACCUUACUCCAGCCGCUACGUCUCCGGUAUUCCCGCAGCUGCCUACGCCGCUGCUCCCUAUGCCGCUGCUCCUCUGGCUGCUCCAGUUGCUGCUCCCUUGGCUGCUCCAGUUGCUGCACCCCUGGCUGCUCGUCUGACCGCUCCUCUGGCUGCUUCCUACGCUGCUCCCCUUGGUGCUCCUCUGGCCGCUUCCUACGCUGCUCCUCUGGCUGCUCCUUAUGCUGCUCCCUACGCCGCUGCUCCCUUUGCCGCUCCCUACAGCUUUGGCGCUCCACUCGCUGCUCCCUACAGCUUUGCUGCCCCCGCGCCCGCAGUUGUUGCCUAAAUCCGUGUAUAAAACUAUUUUCUUAGCGAAAUAAAAUCAUGUUUACAG